UUUUAUGUUGAAGGCGGUAGCCCAAAGCGAGCAUCCAAUUCCAACUCCUGGUUGUGCUUUUGCAGAACCAAGAAGACGAAGACGAAGGAACCAUCAGACAUGGCUCGGAGCAUCUCCUACAUAACAGGGUCUCAGCUCCUCUCUCUCCAACGCCGACCCAACAACAUCGCCAUCAUCGAUGUCAGGGAUGACGAGAGGAGCUAUGAUGGGCACAUAGCGGGGUCUUUGCACUAUGCCAAUGACACUUUCUAUGAUAAGAUCUCCAAUCUCGCUCAGGAAGUCAAAGGCAAAGACACCCUUGUUUUUCACUGUGCUCUCAGUCAGGUCCGAGGCCCUUCCUGUGCGCGGAAGUUUGCCAAUUAUCUUGAGGAGAUGAAGGAAGAGACAGGAAUCAAAGACAUUUUGGUUUUAGAGCGUGGCUUCAAUGGCUGGGAAUCUUCUGGUAGACCUGUUUGUCGCUGCAACAACAUUCCCUGUAAGGGUGAGAUUGAGGCCAAGACUGAGAGUGCAUGAUGCUUUACUUAAACUGGCUGGGAAGCAAGCAUUGUUCUAUCUACUUGCCCGCUGUACUCUAUCUAAGUUCAAUGCUAUACAUAAACGAUUUGCACUUCUGGUUGAGCUAUGAUACUCACAUCUGUGCCUAUAUAAACAUGUCCAUGUAUCAGACAUGGUAAUGAGAUAUCAGAUUGAAGUCGAAUCCAAUUAAAAAACUGCAUUGCAGAUUUUAGAUUGAAGUU